CGCGGCCGCCCGGUUAUCCCCAGCCGCGCGCUGCCGCCGGCCCCCGCUUCGCCCGCUGCUCCAGCCGCAUGGGAAGUUGGGGAACAUGGACGGGGUCGUGCUGGCGUGGACCGCCGUCUUCUGGCUAACAGCCAUGGCUGACGGCCUUCAAGUCACGGUGCUUGACAAGAAGAAGGUGGCCAUGCUCUUUCAGCCCACCGUGCUCCGAUGCCACUUCUCCACGUCCUCCCGACAGCCUGCCGUCGUGCAGUGGAAGUUCAAAUCCUACUGCCAGGAUCGCAUGGGGGAGUCCUUGGGCAUGUCCUCUCCCCGGGCCCAGUCUCUCAGCAAAAGAAACCUGGAAUGGGACCCCUACUUGGAUUGCUUAGACAGCAGGAGGACUGUCCGCGUGGUAGCUUCAAAACAGGGCUCGACCGUCACCCUGGGAGAUUUCUACAGGGGCAGAGAGAUCACAAUCGUGCAUGAUGCAGAUCUUCAAAUUGGAAAACUCAUGUGGGGAGACAGCGGACUCUAUUACUGUAUCAUCACCACCCCCGAUGACCUGGAGGGCAAAAACGAGGACCUGGCCGAGCUGCUGGUGUUGGGCAGGACAGGGCUGCUUGCUGACCUCUUGCCCAGUUUUGCUGUGGAAAUUAUGCCAGAGUGGGUGUUCGUCGGCCUGGUGAUCCUGGGAGUCUUCCUCUUCUUCGUGCUGGUGGGGAUCUGCUGGUGCCAGUGCUGCCCGCACAGCUGCUGCUGCUACAUCCGCUGCCCUUGUUGUCCGGAGUCCUGCUGCUGCCCUCAGGCCUUGUAUGAAGCAGGGAAAGCAGCAAAGGCCGGGUACCCUCCCUCUGUCUCCGGUGUCCCCGGCCCUUACUCCAUCCCCUCUGUCCCCCUGGGAGGAACCCCCCCAGCCGGCAUGCUGAUGGACAAGCCGCACCCGCCCCCCCUGGCACCAAGUGACUCCACGGGAGGCAGCCACAGUGUUCGCAAAGGUUACCGGAUUCAGGCUGACAAAGAGAGAGACUCCAUGAAGGUCCUGUACUACGUCGAGAAGGAGCUGGCUCAGUUUGAUCCAGCCAGAAGGAUGAGAGGCAGAUAUAACAACACCAUCUCCGAGCUCAGCUCCCUGCAUGAGGACGACAGCAAUUUCCGCCAGGCCUACCACCAGAUGAGAAGCAAGCAGUUCCCGGUGUCCGGGGACUUGGAGAGCAAUCCUGACUACUGGUCCGGGGUCGUGGGAGGCAGCAGCGGGGCCAGCCGGGGGCCCUCGGCCAUGGAGUAUAACAAGGAGGAUCGGGAGAGCUUCAGGUACAGCCAGCAGCGCUCCAAGUCCGAGAUGCUGUCGCGGAAGAACUUCGCCGCCGGCGUGCCCGCCGUGUCCAUGGACGAGCUGGCCGCCUUCGCCGACUCCUACGCCGCGCGCUCCCGCCGGGCCGACGGCGACAGCCACGAGGCGCGCGGCGGCGGCCGCUUCGAGCGCUCGGAGGCGCGCGCGCUGGGCGGCUUCUACCCCGACGGCUCGCCCGACGAGUACUACGGGCCGCGCGGCCGCAGCCGGGAGCCCCUGGGCGACGCGGGCCGCGCCUGGGCGCCCAGCCCCCCGCGCCGGCGGCCGGACGACGCGCCGCUGCCGCGCCUGGUGAGCCGCACGCCGGGCACCGCGCCCAAGUACGAGCACGGGCCGCGCGCCGGGGCGCUGGAGCGCCAGGCGCGGCCCGAGGGCGCCAGCCGCGGCGGCAGCCUGGAGACGCCGUCCCGGCUGAGCGCGCAGCUCGGCCGCCGCAGCGCCUCCUACUACGCCUGGUCGCCGCCCUCCACCUACAAGGCGGCCGCGCCGCAGGACGACGACGACGACGACGACGACUCCGCCGACGACCCGCUGCCGCCCUACAGCGAGCGCGAGCUGAGCCGCGGCCCGUCCUACCGCGGCCGCGACCUGCCCUACCACAGCAACUCGGAGAAGAAGCGCAAGAAGGAGCCCGCCAAGAAGACGAGUGACUUUCCAACCAGGAUGUCCCUUGUGGUCUGAUGUUUCUUUUGAAGACACUUCUCUGGGUGACUAGAAAUCAGAAGCAGACCACUGGGACAAGACACAAACCUAAGAGCCAGCAGGCCCGGGACCUUCUCUGGCCACCACCUCAGAAGAUUUGCUGAUCUUUGCUUUGGCAAGGGAUGGGGGGGCAGCCUUUAAGGAAGGCUGAUUCCAAACCUCAGCGUACAUCCAACUAGCAUGUGAAAUUCAAGAAGAUGACUGUGUGUGAGAACAUUCCCACACAUGGAGUGUCUUACCCACUGAGUUCAUCCUGCCUGAUGUUCUUCCGUAGCUGAACCAGGAUUCCUUUUCCAGUUCUGAAAGGGAGUUAGCUCUGGACUGCUGAUCUCUAGAAACUGCCUCGUCCUCCAGUAUGUUCUUCUAUGCCUCCUGUGCUGUGCUUAGAGACAGAAAAACAUUACUACUAUUAGAAGAAGAUCUUGUACUGACAACAGAAGAUAGCUUUAGGCAAAAUAUACCUUUUAUCCCCAUCUCCUCCCAGUCAUGAGGCAAUGACUAUUGUUACACUAAAAUCAGAGGCCCCUUGGUGAGCUCAGUGACAGUGACCUGCAGGACAAUCACAGAAGUGACUUCAAUUUGCUGUUUUGAAUGACAGCUCUUGAGUGGCUAGAACAAGACAAAAGAGAGUAUCCCUUUUUGAAAAGCAGUGUAAGUGCUAUUUCUUUUCCAUUCUGAGAACUUAAACUGCUUUUUCUCUUUCCGCUGUGCACAGUGACAUCCGAGUCGUGGACGUUAAGGGCUCUCCUCGUCCUCCCUUCUCCUGGACUUUCCACAUGUUGGUGCCACCCACAGAGCCCCACUUCCCUCUGCACUCUGAUUAAAUUGUCAUCAGGUGCCUUUUGAAAAAUGCUUAAAAUACAUGAAAGAGAGGAGGAAGG